AUGUCCCGUCCUCAGGAUGAUAGAAAUCAGGAGGCUACUGUGUAUUUGGGAAAUCUGGACGAGCGAUGUUCGGACGCGCUCGUAUGGGAGUUGAUGCUGCAAGCCGGGCCAGUCGUCAACGUCCACUUGCCAAAAGAUCGUAUAUCCAUGGCGCACCAGGGCUACGGUUUCUGUGAGUUUUUGACCGAGGAGGAUGCGGAGUAUGCUUGUAAGAUUAUGAACCAAAUCAAGCUGUGGGGGAAACCGAUUAGGGUCAAUAAGGCAUCUUCGGACAAGAAACAAUUGGAUGUUGGCGCCAACCUCUUCAUAGGCAACCUGGACGAGAACGUCGACGAACGACUGCUAUAUGACACAUUCAGUGCCUUUGGUGUAAUGGCCACCACGGCAAAGAUCGCCCGUGAUCCCAGCACGGGCAAAUCAAAAGGCUAUGGCUUCGUUUCGUUUACCGACUUCGAGUCCUCUGAUGCUGCCAUUGAGUCCAUGAACGGCCAGUUCCUCAUGAACAAGGCAAUUACUGUCCAGUAUGCGUUCAAGAAGGACGGAAAGGGCGAACGUCAUGGAACUCCCGCCGAGCGUCUUCUGGCAGCGCAAGCCCGCAAGAAUAACGCACUCCCAGUCUCGGCACGGCCGCCCCCGGCUCCAAUUGCGUUCGGCUCCCGCCCACCAAUGCCUGGAUACCAAGGUCCGUAUCAAGGCCAGUUCGCAGGGGCACUCGCUGCCCAGCCUCCGCCGCCACCACCCGGAUUUGCGCCUCAGCAGACCAUGGUCCCGCAACCUAUGCCCAUGCAAAUGGGUGGUAUGCCGCCCCCUGGUAUGUCCAUGGGCAUGCCGCCUCCGCCGCCCAACAUGCCAGUCUAUCAGCCGCAGCCUGGAUUCGCUCCGCCUCCCCCACCACCAGGGUUCAUGCCUCAAGGCAUGCCUGGAAUGCCCAUGAUGCCCCCUCCGCCCCCUGGCAUGCCCCAGCAAGCGUACAUGGGCUGA